CCAUCCUGCAGGUGGUCCCCACGACCACCCCAUGUUCCGUUCACGCCGUGCUGGGCUGGUGCGGAGGCUGUGGCGGCAGCGCUGUGGAGCAGCCAGCCCCGAGGAUGGCCCCAGUGCCCUCAAACUAGCAGCGAAUGCCCUCUUCAAGAAGCUCAAGGACGAGGAGCUGGAGUUGCUGGUGCAGGUGGUGGAGAGCCGAGGCGCCUGGGAGUCUGGCUGUGUUUUGGCACCACGGGGGGACCCACGAGGGGUCAAGCAGGGACUCCCCCCUCAAGUCCUGCUCUGUCGCCUCUUCCGCUGGCCUGACCUCCACCAGUCCCAUGAGCUUAAGCACCUCUGCUACUGUGCUGGGGGCCAGGGGUCCUGUGGGGACUUGGCUGUGCUGUGCUGCAACCCCCAUCAUUUCAGCCGCCUGGCUGUACCUGAAACCCCGCCACCCCCCUACUUGAAGGCAUCCUGUGGGCCUUCCUGGCCAGAUGAGCCCCAACACCCCAGCACCCAGCUCCUGGAGUUCAGCUACAACGGUGGGGACUGGUGCGACACCAGCCUCUCAUGGAGCACCAUCAAGGAUGGCUGUUGGUGUAAACUGGCUUACUGGGAGUACCGGACACGCGUGGGCCGCCUCUACGCCGUGCACGAGGCAUCAGUGAACGUCUUCUGUGAGCUGCCAUGGGGCAGCGGGUUCUGCCUGGCCCAGCUGCCAGCUGCCUACCGCAGCUGUGCUGUCCGGCGAGCACGUGGCAAGAUUGGCCGGGGGCUGCUGCUGAGCCGGGAGCCAGGUGGUGUCUGGGUGUACAACCGCAGCGAGCACCCCAUCUUCGUCAGCUCACCCACCCUGAGCCCCCCUGCUGCCUGCAGGCUCACUGUCCUCAAGGUGCUGCCUGGCUACUCGGCAAAGGUGUUCGAUUUUCAGUGGGCACGGGACAGAGAGGGUUGGCAGCUACCUAGAGAGGGACCCUGCGAUCCCCACAGUAUCCGUAUCAGCUUUGCCAAGGGCUGGGGACCCUGCUACUCCCGGCAGUUCAUCACCUCCUGCCCAUGCUGGCUUGAGGUCCUGCUGAACCAGCCACGCUGAGGCUGGGGCUGAUGGGGGAUGCCAGGGAGCUCCCCCAAAGCAAGUUCACAAGCUGGGGGACCCUUCUACUGUACCCCAGCCUGUGUCUUCCAGGGCUGUGUUGCAGCAGGAUUGUCCUGGCUCUGGGGACUGUCUGUCUGAGUGCUGGCUGGAUGCAGUGCCCCCCCUUGCAUGGCUCACCACUUUGCCAGCACCUGCUUCCCCCAGCCAUGGGGCUCUCAGUGACACAGGGCGCUAUAUUUAAUAUCUUUUUUUUUUUCUUUUAAUUUUAUUAUUUUAAUGUUCAAGUUUAUAUUAAUUUAUCUAUUUUUGUAAAAAAAGCGAGGAAUGAGGCAGAAGUCCCCAUUGUCAG